AUGGCGCCCGCAAGGUCCCAUCAGGACGAAGGCUCGGACGCCCCGCAGUCUGGAACAUUGUCCGCCUCCCCGACGGCAGCAGCCACCGUUGCUGACGACAGCACAACAAACGGUGAACGACGUGAGAAUGAAACUGGAAAUGCAGAGGGACAACGUGGUGCCGGUGCUGGCGCCGGUGACAUUGCCCAGGCCUACAAAGACCUGACCAGCCGGCGGGGCCUAGGUCAGCUGCGUUUAGGACAUGGGAAAAUGCAGUUUGCCACGGGUCUGGAUGGUCCCGAAAUGGCGUUUGCCCAUGCCAAAUUACAAUUUGCCCUUUUCGCUCCAUGGGCCUACGAGAUGGCCAUUCUGUCUUCUCCAUGUCUCUCGGUCCGCAGACUCGCCUUCGUCGCAACAAGAGCUCGUCGACAUGGCGCAGAGCCUCGCUGCCACUUGAUUCAGCAUCGGCAUGAGCACUGGGCCGUGUACAUCCUGGACCGCUGCGCCAAGGACAUUCGAUGGGGUGAGCAGGCCGCCAGUGCCCUCGAAGCCAACCUUGCAAAGCUGGAGAGCAGGCUCGACGAGCUGCUGGCCGGUUUCGAGACUGACGAGCUACGAAAUGCCUCCUCGGGCGGCAAGGGUCCCGCUGACAAGUAA